AUGGCCGAUCUCUAUCGAAUUGAACAAGGGGAGAAUGAACAUCCAAAGGCAUACUUACAGCGUUUCAUUGACCUCGUGCAUCAAAUCCACGACGUCGACCCACUCACCGCAGCAAAUCUCUUCGUCAAAAGCUUGCGGACCCGAGCCGAGGGCGUCUUCAGGGUAUUAGAAUUUCGAGAGCGCACACAGAAGAAGACUGCACUCAUCUCUGCUCCCCCAGCAAAUAAUCCUCCACCACCUGCCAGGGAUAACAAGAGGAAGCGGAACCAAACAGAUCAUACGAAGGAAGGCAAAAGGCCUAGACAAGAUCGUCAGCCAUCGCGGUACCCAUCCUUCGAAUACACCGUCCUGCAAGAAGUCAUUUAUGAAGAAAAUAAAGAUAGGCCUAUCUGGCGAGAGCCCUACAAAAUUAACACUCCAUCUGACAGAAGGGAUAAAAGCAGAUACUGUCUCUUCCACAAAGAUCACGGUCAUACGAUCGCUGAAUGCCACAAUCUGAACAAUCAGAUCCAAGCCCUCAUGAGGAGUGGACGGCUUACCCAAUACAUCAAGGAGACAGGCAGACCAGGCGCCUCGCGGCAGAACACAGCUUCUGCCCCCACUCCGCCGGCGUCAGACCCCGUACACACCGCCUCUGACAGCACCCCGGAGCCUCUUAAACAAGUUUCUAUGAUCCACGGGAUCAUAGAACCCACCGAUAAUCAAGAGCACGCGACUAAAAUCCAUAAGAGGAUGGAAGAACGAGUGAAGCGGUAUAAAUCAUUAGGCCACGUAGUCAAUCUCGUCACUUCAGAAGAAAGAAGCUACACAGCCUCUGCUAUCACCUUCACUGACGAAGACCUGAAGGGUGUACACCUGCCUCAUGAUGAUCCACUCGUCAUUUCCUUACAAGUUGACCACUGCCAGCUGGGCAGAGUUCUGAUCGAUGGGGGUAGUGGGGUCGACAUCCUCUUCUGGGAAGCCUUCCAGAAAAUGGGACUAGAGGAGAGUCAGAUUCGACCCUCCACCAUGCCCAUUCUGGGAUUCAAUAGCCACCGAGUCUAUCCGAAGGGCGUCGUUCGAUUAACUGUGGUAGCUGCAGAACGCGCCCUUCCAAUAGACUUCCUCAUUAUAGACUCCACCACGAGCUAUAACGCCAUCAUGGGGAGAGGUUGGAUCCACCGGAUGCAGGGGGUAGUAUCCACUCUACAUCAGGUGAUGCGGUGCCAAUCACUCAACGACCGAUACACUAUCGACAUCAAAGGCUGCCAGAAGCAGACCAAAAAGUGCUUCCUUACCUUAAAAGAAAUAAAUAGCUCUGCCUCCCAUGAAGACUCUCUUGACAAAUAG